UGACUAUAUAUAUACACUUUGUCUAUUAUCAUUGUGAAAUUAAGAAGCAUCUCUUUUGUGUUACUAAAUUCAUAUAUAUUCUCAAGUUGAACCUCAACAAGUUGUCAAAGCAGAAGUCUCGAAAAGUGCAAUGGAUACUCAAAAAUCCAUUGAAGAUAAAUUCUCAGAGAUACAUCCAUGUUUUCCAGUGAACACAAGAAUAGCUAUAGUUGGAGCAGGUCCAAGUGGAAUAUCAGCUGCUUAUGCACUAUGUAAUCUUGGCUACAACAAUGUGACAAUCAUCGAGAAACAUCGCUCGGUUGGUGGCAUGUGUGAAUCUGUCGAUGUUGACGGAAAAAUUUAUGAUCUUGGAGGUCAAGUCCUUGCAGCAAAUAGUGCUCCAACAAUUUUCCAUUUGGCAAAGGAAACAGGAAGUGAACUUGUAGAAUUAGACUCUCACAAACUUGCAUUAAUCGAUAGCCAAACAGGGAAUUAUCAGGACAAUAAAGUUGCCGAUGAUUAUGUAUCUGUUAUAUCACUGACAUUAGAACUCCAGGACAAAGCAAGGGAUUUAGGUAGAAUUGGAAUUCAUGCUGUGAGUGAUAUUGCUUCUGAUAUGACACCUGCAUUUCUUGAAAGGCGCGGAUUCAAGUCGGUUCCAAAAUCCGUUGCAUACGGCUACACUGCUUCUGGAUAUGGAUUUGUUCAAGACAUGCCUUAUGCGUAUAUUCACGAGUUCACUCGAACAUCUAUGGCUGGGAAAAUUCGACGUUUCAAAGAUGGAUACACGAGCCUGUGGAAGAAAGUCAGUGAAUCUUUGCCGAUAACUGUCAUGUGCCAAACAGAAGUUCUUUCAGUCAGACGUGACAGUACUGGAGUCAAAAUUGAUGUCAAAAACAGCAGUGGUGAUUUCGAAAGUAUGGAGUUUGAUAAACUCAUGUUAUCCGGGGCAUUUCCUUUUAGGCUUGGGAGAACGUAUCGAUCACCAUCUAGUUCCAUUCCAGCAGAUCCUGAAAAUGAAGUGUUGGAAUUGAGUGAACUUGAAAAGGAGUUGUUCAGUAAAGUACAGACCAUCGACUAUUACACGACUGUUCUGAAGAUUAAAGGACUAGAACAUAUGCCAGUUGGAUUUUAUUACUUUGAGGAAUUUAUGGAUGAUCCCGCGACAAUAGGAAAUCCAGUUGCCAUGCAGAGAUUCUAUUCCGAUACGAACAUCUUCUUGUUCUGGUCAUAUGGUAACUCAGCCAACAUCGAGGGUUCAACAGUUUUACAGCUCGCGGUUGAUGCUGUCAAAAGGAUUGGAGGUGAAAUUGAAAUGGUAGUCCUGCAACGACGAUUCAAGUAUUUUCCUCAUGUAAAUAGCCAAGAUAUGAAGGACGGUUUCUAUGACAAAAUAGAAAACCAGCUACAAGGUCAGAAAAACACUUAUUAUGUAGGUGGAUUAAUGGCAUUUGAGCUUACUGAGAGAAAUUCAUCCUAUUCCAUGGCCUUAGUUUCCAAGCACUUUGCAAAUACUGAUCCACAACCGGAAUUUCCUUACGUUAAGAGACUAUUUCCUCUCUUAUCUGAUCGCUUGGAUAAGAAUCCGAAAGCUCUGAAAGAAUCCCGGCAAGUAGAAUUUCCUGAAUUGUCUAGCCUUGAUGGUUAUUUGAAGCACUGGGGUACUCAUAACACCACCUGCAAGAAGACUUUGUACAAAUGGAUUAGUGAAGAAGGAAAAGUAGUCAACGAGAGAACGUAUGAAGAACUUAAUGCUAAUGCUUCUUGUAUUGCUGACAAGCUGUUGUCUAGUCGAAAACCAAUUAUGAAGCAAGGUGACAGAGUUCUCCUAGUUUAUGUCCCGGGGCUUGAAUUUAUCGAUGCCUUCUUUGGGUGCUUAAGAGCUGGAGUAUUGCCUGUCCCGGUACUUCCGUCAGAUCCAAUGCAAAGAGGAGGACAAGCACUACUCAAGAUUGAAAACAUUGCUAAAUCGUGCAACGCAGUGGCUAUUUUGUCAACUGCUGGUUAUCAUGUAGCUGUUCGCGCAGGCUCAGUGAAGCAUCUGAUAUCACUGAACCGCAAAAAUGGAACAAGCUCCGCUCGGUGGCCUAAUCUUCCAUGGAUACACACAGACUCUUGGGUUAAGAAUGCCAAAGAAAUGCAUUCUGAUAGCAAUGACCAGUUUGAGCCUCAACCGGACACCGUAUGCUUUCUACAAUUUACAUCAGGGUCAACAGGAGAUGCUAAAGGAGUUAUGAUAACUCAUGGUGGCGUAAUUCAUAAUGUGAAGUUAAUGCGAAGAAUAUACAAAAGCACAUCAAACACAGUGCUAAUAAGCUGGCUUCCUCAGUACCAUGAUAUGGGACUUAUCGGUGGCCUUUUCACAGCUCUAGUAAGUGGCGGAUCAGCAAUUUUAUUUUCUCCAAUGACAUUCAUCAGGAACCCUCUUAUGUGGCUCGAUGCGAUGAGCAAGUACAAAGCAACUCACAGUGCUGGACCAAACUUUGCAUUUGAGCUCGUUGUCCGGAGGUUAGAGGCUAGCAAAGAGAAGCAAUGGAAGUAUGAUCUUUCAUCACUCAAAUUUCUAAUGAUUGCCGCUGAACCAGUAAGGCAGAAAACUCUCAAGAACUUUAUUGAGCUCACAAGAACUUUUGGUCUUUCCCAAAGAGUGAUGGCUCCUGGCUAUGGAUUGGCAGAAAAUUGUGUGUUUGUAAGCUGUGCUUAUGGAGAAGGAAAACCAAUCUUGGUGGACUGGCAAGGAAGAGUUGGUUGUGGCUGCGUGAAUCAAAAUGAGGCGGAUGUUGAUAUCAAAAUAGUUGAUCCGGAAAGUGGCGAGGAGCACGAGGAAUCUGGAAAGGAAGGAGAAAUAUGGAUCAGCAGUCCUAGUGCAGGGAUUGGAUAUUGGGGCAGGGAGGAACUGACUGAGAAAACUUUCAGAAACAAGCUCGGUUCUGGUUCUGAAAAGGUAUAUACAAGAACUGGAGACCUUGGAAGGAUAAUUGAUGGGAGUUUGUUUAUAACUGGAAGAAUCAAGGACCUCAUUAUUGUUGCUGGAAGAAAUAUUUACCCGUCAGACAUAGAAAAGACCGUUGAAAGCUCAUCUGAAAUCCUCCGCCCGGGCUGUUGUGCUGUUAUUGGAGUUCCAGAAGAGACCUUAUCUAGCAAAGGAGUGGAAGUACCUGAUCACUCUGACCAGGUUGGCUUAGUUGUCAUUGCAGAAGUAAGAGAUGGUAAACCUAUUGGCAAAGAUGUCGCGGAGGAAAUUAAGGCAAGAGUUGCCGAAGAACAUGGUGUCACUUUGGCUUCUAUUAAGCUGAUCAAGCCAAGAACUAUCAGCAAAACAACAUCUGGAAAGAUAAAGAGAUUUGAGUGCUUGAAACAAUUCAUUGAUGGAACACUAGAUGUGGUUCCAGAUCAAAUCUCCUUGAAGCGGAAACUUCUUAGAUCUUUUACUACAGGUUCUUGCAAGGAGGGAAAUAUACCAAGGCCACAUUUGAAUACAACAUCCCUUUCACCAACUCCAAGAUUGAAUAAAAAGGAAAUUAUUGAGUUCCUGAAGGGACUCGUGUCGGAGCAAACAGGAAUCUCUAUCAGCAAGAUUACUACUACUGAAAGCUUAGUCUCUUAUGGUAUUGAUUCUAUUGGUGUAGUCCGGGCAGCUCAAAAACUAUCAGAUUUUCUUGGAGUGCAAGUUGGUGCAAUAGAUAUCUUCACAGCAACUUGCAUCGAGGACUUGGCAAACUUCACAGAGGAUUUGGUUCUAAAAUCACGACCUCACGAUGCAUCAAAUCCUUCUUAUCUUCCAGAUUACUCAGAGGAUGGUUCUUGUAAUGUGAUGGCUGAAGAAGUUUCCCCAUCUCAUCGAUUCGGUAUCAUGCUAUCGCAACUUCUUGCUCUUGUCUAUGCUAUUUUCAUGCUGGUCCUUCCUGCAUACUCAUCCAUAUCUGUGUUCAAGAGCCUGAUUUUGACAAGCCCUAUUCUAAUGACUUCAUUUCCUUGGGCUUGCUAUGCAAUUUCCUUGGUGUUUGCACCAUUUGCUUGGCUUCUAUGCAUAUCUACCACCUGCAUUUGCAUCGGUAUUCUAGGAAAUUCAGUCCUUCAACCAAAUUAUUCCCUGACCCCCGAAGUGUCCAUCUGGUCAUUGGAUUUCGUUAAGUGGUGGGCGAUAUACAAGGCACAAGAAAUUUCAUCUAAAGUUAUGGCAGUGCAUUUGAGAGGAACAGUUUUUCUGAAAUACUGGUUCCAAGUAUUCGGAGCAAGGAUAGGAUCAUCGGUUGUACUGGAUACAGUCGACAUCAGUGAUCCAGCACUUGUUUCGAUAGGAGAUGGAGCUGUUAUUGCAGAAGGAGCUUUAAUUCAAGGACAUGAAGUGAAGAAUGGAAUCCUGAGUUUUCUUCCAGUUAGAAUUGGCAAAAACUGUUUGGUUGGUCCUUACGCUGUCCUCCAGAAAGGAAGUGUUUUGGGAGAAGGGACUGAGAUAGCAUCAUUACAGAAGACAGCAACAUCAAAAUCAAACAGUAUUAAGAAGGUCAUUGAACAGACAAAAGAAGCAGAAGGUGGUGUCAGUCAAGCUAUGGGUGACUUGAUCGGAAUCUACAUUGUCGGAUUCAUAAGCGCUCUCUCAGGAGCUAUCCUUUAUUUCAUGUACAUACUGUUAGCUCAAAAGUCUCCAUCUCUUCAAUACUUCUCCUUGAUAUGUCUCUCUGGAGCAUUCCACUGGUUUCCAUUCACUAUCAUCGCUUACAUGGCCAUUAUUUCAAGUACAUCGUCGAGUCCAACAAUCUUUGCUAUCUCAGUAGCAACUGCUUACUUGGCUCAUGGAUUGAUUCUCAGCUUCCUUACCAUCUUUGCGAGCAGUUUUCUCUCGAAAAAUCAAGAGAACAAACGUGAUACACGAAGGACGUGGCUGAAACAUAGAAUUAACAUUUCCUGUCAUCUCAGAUUUGCUAAACUCCUUUCCGGAACUGAAGCUUUCUGCAUGUACCUGAGGCUCUUGGGUGCAAAAGUUGGAAAACAUUGUUCUAUCCGAGCCAUCAAUGCGGUUUCUGAUCCGAAAUUGAUGUCACUAGGUGACGGUGUCCAUCUAGGUGACUUCAGCAGGAUUGUAACAGGUUUCUAUUCCUCGAGUGGAUUCACGAGUGGUGUAGUUGAGGUACAAGACAAUUCAGUUGUUGGGAGCCAAAGUGUUGUCCUUCCAAGAUCACUUAUUCAAACAGAUGUUAUUCUUGGUGCACUUUCAGUUGCUCCGAUGAAUUCUGUUCUUCGUAGCGGUGGUAUUUAUGUUGGAAAUCAAUCCCUGGUCAUGAUAAAGAACACACAUCACGCGAUGGAUGAAAGGAUCGAAGAGAUGGAUACGAAAUACAAGAAGAUAGUUGGCAAUCUAUCUGCGAAUUUAGCCGCAACAACUCUCAAGGUGAAAACAAGAUACUUUCAUCGAAUUGGUGUUAGUGGAAAGGGAAUGCUCAAAAUAUAUGACAACAUCAAAGGAUUUCCAGACCAUAAAAUCUUUCGAUCUGGCAAAAACUAUCCUGUCAUAGUCCGGCACAGCAACAGCUUAAGUGCCGAUGAUGAUGCAAGACUCGAUGCUCGUGGUGCUGCAUUGAGGAUACUGUCUGAUACAAAUUCAGAUGAUGAAAAACCAAUUCUAGAUUUGACAUUGAAGACGGGGAAAGCAUUCUAUGCUCAGACUAUCUCUGACUUCGCGACAUGGCUUGUUUGUGGCUUAGCAGCAAGAGAGGAGCAUGUGAAACGUGUUCCACAUGUUCGUGAUGCAGUAUGGACUUCACUACGUGAUUCGAACUCAUACACACAGAUGCAUUAUUACUCAAAUAUAUGCAGGCUUUUCAGGUUCACAAAUGGACAAGAAAUGUAUGUGAAGUUCAAGUUGAGGCCUUUUGAUGAAACCAUUACUGAAGAUUCUGGUAAAGUCGAGCCUAUCGGAAUACUUCCUCCAGAAACAGGUGCAAUUCCUAGGAAAGAUAACGACACGCGCCCAUUACUUUUCCUUGCUGAUGAUUUCAAGAAAAGGGUAAGUUCACAAGGCGGCGUUCGCUACAUUUUCCAACUACAAUUCAGGCCUGUCCCUAAGGAUGAAGCAACACAAGACAUCGCACUUGACUGCACUAGGCCAUGGGAUGAAGCUGAAUUCCCAAAUGUUGAUGUUGGAGAAAUUUUCAUAGAUCAGAACCUCACAAAUGAACAAUCAGAGAAGCUGGAAUUCAAUCCCUUUCUUCGAUGCCACGAGGUUGACGUUGUGAAGGCAACAUCAUCCUCACAAAGUGCAUCCAUCGAUCACGGUCGUUCAUUGAUCUAUGAAAUUUGCCAACAUUUGAGAAAUGGGGAACCACUUCCAGAAGCCUGGAAGAACUUCAUAGAACAAUCAGAUGUGAAAGUUGAUCUCUCUGGUUGUCCUAUUGCAUCAACACAACAAGUGAAACAAGAAACUAGUACUCAUCAACAAGUAGCUCUAUCAAGAACAUGGUAUCAAACUUAUUGGUCCACUUUUGCUCAGCCACUACUCCAAACAUUCUUGCCAUACUUUCUUUUGUCAUUCUCAAUUCAUGGCCCUCUAAAUUGGCUACUAUCUUCAACAACAAAUCAUCCACUAUACUGGUUCUUUCCAUUCUUUUGGAUAUCCUCAGGACUACUAGCAGCAUUGGCUUGUGUAUUAGCAAAACUAUUGUUCACAACAACAAAACAAGAUGGAGGAAAAUCACUCAUAUGGAGCAAAAGUCUUUUGAUGGAAACACUAUGGCAAGCAUUUAGGACACUUGUUAGUGACUACUUCAUGGACAUGACAACAGGUUCAUUCUUGUUUGUCAUUUGGAUGAAACUCAUGGGAUCAGAAGUUGAACUAAGUCAAGGAGUUUAUGUAGAUAGCAAUGGAGUGUUGUUGAAUCCUGAAAUGAUAGAGAUUGAAAGAGGUGGAUGCAUAGGCAAAGAAGCAUUAUUAUUUGGACACAUAUAUGAAGGUGAAGGUGUAGUAAAAUUUGGCAAAGUUAGAAUAGGUGAAGGAAGUUUUGUUGGGAGUAGAGCUGUGGCAAUGCCUGGUGUAGUAGUAGAAAGUGGCUGUUGUUUAAAUUCUCUUUCACUUGCCAUGAAAGAAGAAAUUGUUAAGUCAAGGUGAAAUGGUUGUUGUUGUUGUUGGCUUUGUCAUUGAAUAAAUUACCAUCCCUAUAGUUUUUGUAUGCAUGAUUUUGAAUGAAAAAGAGGUGGAAAUGAAGGAAAGUUGUUAUGUUUUCCUUUUUACUUGGUUCUUUGUUUUCACAUUGAAUUUAGUAAAUGUGAAUGUAUACAAUAUAACAACUUUGGUUCAGUUCCAAACAAGUUGAGAUCGGUUAUAUGAAUCGUUACUA